AUGCUUCACUUCCUUAACAUGUGCUCACCUCGACAAGAUACGGUAAAAUUGAUGUGGGACUGUGCCUCGUCUCGGCAUGAUCACCUGGAAUGUUGCAGAAAAAAAAAUGUUCUGCCAUUAUGCAUGCAAUACUGUGAAAGCUCACAUGCGGUACCAGCCGACUAUCUCAACCAUCUCGUCUGUCUACAGAAUUUCGAUGCUAUCCGAGAUUGCUUCCGCGAUCAUCUCGAGAAGAAUCCCAACAUUUUUGGUGAUAACUGA